AUGAAGACACAGAAUCUGGUACUCCUGGUCAAAGAGAUGCGUGUAGCCUUUGGUAGCAAGUAUGAAAUCAGCUUGACGCUUGCACCUGAUUACUGGUACCUGCGCUACUUUGAUGCCAAGAGCAUGGAGAGCUCAGUUGACUUUUUCGGAUUCAUGGCUUACGAUCUACACGGUCCCUGGGACAUAAACCAGAAGACGAUCCAGCCUGUCGUUCGUGGUCAAGCCGACAUCCGGGAGAUCGGGAACGACACACUGCUUCUAUGGUUCGAUGAGCUUGACGCUUCCAAGAUCAAUUUUGGUGUUGCUCUAUACGGACGCGGCUACACUGUGGCUAACCCUAGCUGCAACAGCGUUGGAUGUGCUUUCUCCGGCCCUAGUAAUCCUGGCGUCUGCACUAACUCAGCCGGAGCAAUGGGUUUGGCAGAGAUUCAAGAUCUGAUCAAGACAAAAGGACUAACGCCCAAGGGCCUGGGACCCAUCAACACCACAGACGGAACCUGUGGUAAUAUGAACGGUAACACCGUCUGCGGAUCUUGGUCAACCGGGAGUUGCUGCUCCAGCAGCGGUUGGUGCGGCACUGACGCAGCGUACUGUGGCAGUGGAUUCGGCGGGAAGACAACAGUCAUCAACGGCAAGACGACAGCGAAUGGCGGCACAACCUCGACACGCUUCGAUGGGUCAACCACCGUCAUCGGCGGAAAAACGACAGUUGUUGGAGGUAUUACCACCUCUUCUCCUAGUACCGGUGCCAUCACGACGGUUAUAGGCGGUACCACUACAGUCAUUGGCGCCGGUGGACUUUUCACGACUGUUAUCAAUGGCACUACUACAAUUAUCGGUGGAACAGCAACAUCUUCUGGUACAUCAACCAACACCGAGGUCCCCACUUCGACGAACGGCCAUUGUACCGGACCUGACUGUCACGACGGAAAAUGCACAGGAAUUCUCUGUGCAAGAUUUGGGUGCUCCGGUAAAGACUGUUUUGAUGGCCUCUGCACAGGUACUGAUUGCAUCCCGUUCGGGUACCUGGGUCCCAACUGUGAAAACGGUGUAUGCAAGGGUCUAGGCUGCCUGAAUGGCGGUUGUUUUGGCUCAGACUGCGAGGGCGGUGGUGGUGGCAGCGGCGGUAGCGGCGGUAGCGGGCAUUUCUUUGGACUCAAUUGCAUCAGUCUUGACUGUUCAGGGCCAGACUGUGGACCUGGUGGCAUUUGUCUUGGAAUCAACUGUUCGCAACGCUCGUGUAACGGCUUGGGCUGCUUCAGUGGCACUUGUGCAGAAUCUUUCUGCACGCCAUUUGGAGGAUCAACCGGCGGAGGAGGAAAGGCCCCUGACGACGGAAAAGAUCCAGAAGAGUGCUCCACGAGCAGCAAGUACGAGACUUGCACAGCAAAGUACAUCGUGACCAAGUCCGUUUACCCUGACCAGGACUCGACGGCUACGUCCGCGAGCACCAGCACCACAUGUUACACCAUAACUGCCUGUACCGGUUCCGCAACAACAUACACGACAACUACGCAAACAGCCACUACUAUUGAGAAUUUGUGCGCACCGACUAGCUGUGGCCGUGCGUGCAAGGCCGCCGAAAGGAACAGGGGGGUUAUGCCUACAGCUGUUCCGCAGCUUGACAGCUCAGGCAACAUCGACAUGUUAUUCGACCUAUCCAACACUACUAUCGCAAAACGCCACAUUCCCGACGAUGGAAGCGGUGACUGGACCGAUUGGUAUAACGAUCUCAGGGAAGAUGCCAACACAAUCAAAAUCAACAACAACGAUAUGACCGGAGGCACGGAAACCUCCUGGGUUCGGGUGAAAUGGGGUAAUGGGCCCCAGAAUAUACUAGUAGAUCAUUUGACUGGCUGUGCAGUUGUCAUUGCGGUAUCACGGCUAGGUGCCUUUUUCGCACACAUCUGGGAGAGUGAGACUCUCAAAAAAGGGCAGGCUGAAUUCGAUCGAGAUGUCAUUGGUCCACUGAAAAAAUUUCAACGUGAACUUGGACAUCAGCUGAGAGUACCUUGGUCCUUCGACAAAGUUUUACAUCAUGUCUGGUUCGAGACUGGACCGCAAUACCCGGCCAAGAUCAACGAGAUCAAGACUAUCCUGGAAACUUAUGUGAAUGAUGGAAGUGUAACUGUCUUUGCCUAUACCCGAACCUACAACGACGAGGUUAUAAAGACUGGUUCAUGGGGGAAAGCAGCAAUUCGCUUCGACCCGGCUCAGCGAAGAUUCCCUGGCAACGGUUUGCCAAGGGGUUCUGCCUUCAUCAAGGUCUAUCUCCAGUCCCAUGUAGCCAUGACCCAGUUCUGGCCGUACCUGCAGAUUGACAUUUGGCGGAAUAAUGUCAACAAGAAAGAGGCUGCCAACAUCGCGCUUCAGACCCCAGCCGGUCGAGUGUCAGAUCCUUGUGGCGACGGCAAACUCGUGAGCUCCGAGACGGUUGACGCCGGGUCUGAGAUUACUGACGUCGGAACCGAAGCCGUGGCCGGCGACGGUGGAGCCGGUCAGCCUUUCUCUAUCACAUGGAGCGAUGGAAAAGUGCUAGUUGACGGCUGCGUUUUCAAGGGAGCCAAUUAUGCAUCUGAUCACAACUCGGGUCUCAUCGCCGGCACACUCACUUGCAAUAAAGGAAUCAAGAUAGAUUACUUCCGGCCAGUGGAUAACCUGGCGAAGAACUGCAAGGGCGCGUCGGUCAACAACUGUGGGAAACUAGGGAAGGACUGUGAUGAUUAUUGGCAGCUGCUUGCAAGCUGUCGUAUCUGA